AUGUCAUCAACUUCAACUUUAUUUAAUGAAUUUCGAUGGUUUGUGGAAAGUAUGUCUACAUCAAUAACCGGACUCGAUCAAUUAAUAGAGAAAGCAAAAUAUAUUGAUGUCGUACAAGUGAAAAACGUCGACAAUGAUCUUACAUAUCGACAAUUACCAUGUGUAAUUAUACGAUCUCUUAUUGAAUGUCAUCCGAAAAAACGAUACACAUCACUUGCAUUUCGAAAUAUGCUUGAAGUAUUAACUAUUUCUCCUGAUGGCGUUGUUUCAUCAACUCAACGCUCAAAAAUGAUGUGCCUGCUUGCUAUGAUUAAAUCGGAUUUUGACGAAGAUGCAUUGCUGUCUGCCAUCAUUCGUACUAAUAGCACUGUACUUAUCGAUAUUGAAUCAGCACCAACUACAUUGCUUACUUGGGAGAAAUUCAUUGAAUCUGUAAUAUGUCACAAUGAAUGUGAUUUAGGGCAUAUUUUGCUAAAUGAAGUUCCCAUAGAAUUUACAAUUUGGUUCCAAUCUCGUUCUGAUCCCAAUAAAGAUUUAUUUGGUCCUGAUUCAGCCCCAGUUAAUACCUUGGUCGAUGAUCUUAUCUCGAGCGCUACUGGAAAAUCAAUACAUGCUACAUCAGAAAAAAUCUCGGUCAAACUCGUCCAUUCUACCAUCAAAAAUCUACGUGGCUGUACAGGCAUAAAUACAAUUUGUAUCAAUAUUUUAUACAUAAAUGAUCGUCAUGAAGCAUUCAAAAUUAGUUCAUCUUUAAGUGACGAUGAUAAAAAUGUUAUAUUUAAAAUGACUCUCUUUUGUGUUGGUCUUCACGAAUAUUCCCAUGCUCGGUUACGGCAAGUCGAAAACAACCCGAAUACAUCGAGCUCCAAUCUAUUAUCGAACAAAUCUACAAUAGUCGAAACGUAUGGAGGUAAACCAGAAUUCGGACGACUUACUGAACAUAAAUUAUUUGGUGCCCAGUUGGACUUUUGGGAAACCGAUGCUACCGGAAAAUGGACAGCAUUACAUUCGGCUUAUUUUGCCAAGUUUGUACAAGCAAUCGAAACAAAUCAAAGUCUAACUUCGUUCAAUGCCGAUGUAACACCGUGCUCUACACGUACUAGUCACUGCGCGGUCGGAUCAGAUAUAGACGUUGAAGAUAUUGAUAUUUAUUAUGAAGCAAUUGAUGAAUUAGGUCGAUAUGAAGUAGCUGAAGUUGAUGGUGAGCAAGAGUUACAAUUAAAUAAAUAUCAAUGUGAUCAACGCGAAAUAAAAUAA